CAGAGUCCUUGGUUCAAGUCCCGGGUGGGGGGACUUGAACCAGGGGCCUUCUUGCUGUGAGGCAAGAUCGCCAACCACUGACCCCAGGUGUGCGUGUGGCCCUUGUUCAAGGCCUUUUCCCAACAGUAGCUGGGUUGGCUCCAGCAGCCCUGUGACCCCGAAAGAUACGUUCCGAACCCAGAAUGUACAAGUGUAUUUUAGGCUUAAAAUUGGACACUUUAACAUGGGAGCUGAGUGAAGUUGCUUCCUUCUACAACCAGCCUUAAGUGGUCUUUCGAGGAACUGCAACGCUUACUGGUGUGGGUCAAAUUUGAGAGUAGAAGGUAAGGGCUUUGACUGCACUGAAGUUCCUGGUGGUUGCUCGUUGGCGUCAGUGUUUGUCAGCAGAGCCGCCAUCAGUGUGCCAAAGCGCCAGUAAUGUAUUAUUUAAAUAUAUACGCCAUUUAUCUUUUACCGCAAGUGAUAUUAAAAGCAUAAAUAUAAACUCCUUUUCUGAAGGAGCCCAAAAAUUUCCAACAAAAGUUGAAGGAAAGACAGAAAGUGGAGAAAAAAGGUUUGAAAUGACUAAAGAGGCCCAAUGUCAUGAAAGGAAGUCAGACCUUAAAAAGGAACUCUGACCACAGGAACGUCUUUCAAAACAAAAAUGACUGGAAUACAAGCACUUUGAAUUGGUAAAGAAACCAACGUUGAGCAAAGACUUGUGGACAGAGAGGCGCCAGUUGAUGACAGAAGCCGAACAAAGAGUUAUAACGUGACCAAAUGACCAGCGAUGGACGUCUAGUUUUUUUUUUUCAAGAGUCUUUUAUUAUAAAUAACUGCAGAGACAACAAAGUGCCGGUGUGAAGACAGAAGAUUGUAUAAAAGAUUCUGUAAAAUUGUUGUCACAUCAAAAACUGCUUUUGUGUAAGACAUCCUGUGGUUGUCGUGGUUUAGACUGAAACCUUUGGUGCAGACUUACACAGUUGCAACAAAAUGUGUUGAGUAUUAGUUUUAAGUUUUUGGUUAUUAACGUGCAUAAUACUAGUACAUUGACGUAUUCACUUGUACAUAAUUAGAUCCAUGUACGUCUUUGUUUUCCUCGUCUGAGCUGACAUCUGGCUCUAAACUGUACGGCUGGAUAGCUACGAUAUUGCUCACCACGUUUGUUGCACUGCUAGUGUCAGUUUGGGGUCGUGAGGAGCUGUAACCUAGCAGGAGAGAGUUGUAACCAAAAGGUUGACUGGGAACGUUUUUGCAUUCGAUCAAAAGACGAUCGGAGUGGGACUUUGACCACGGAUGCAUGUGAAGACUUAUCACAGAAAAAGCCAACUUGGUGCAUCAUUAUUCCGUAGAAACUCACCCUUUAAUUUGAACAUUUAGCUUUUUUUUUUAUUUAAUCAUCUAAAUGUUAAGAACUAGUAAGACUCUAUUCAUAAUGCAGACGCACAUUUCUUAACAGCAACAUUUAUUUUCAUAUUUUCAGAGUCACUUCUGAAAGACUUUCUUCAAAAGUUGUGCUUGAGGCACCAUCUUUUGAGAAAACAUGCACCCUUUGAGGUUAACACUUCCUACUGCCUAUCAUGUAAAAGCCUCUGCCCUGCGUAAAACUGAAACACAAGACAGAGAGAGAUCUUGUCAAACCAGCUGGUAGCACGUUCAGGCACUAAAACCCAAGAUCUGAUCCCCAAGAAGCUCUACAGGACAAGAUGUCAUGCAGAACUCCCAACGAAAGCAUGACUUUCUCCAUCAACCAGACGCAGUAUACACCCAAUCUGAAUUCUUUGGACUUGUUUCUCAUUUCCCUCCAUGGAAUAGUUUCAAUCAUUGGCAUUGUGGAAAACCUCUUAAUCCUGGCUGUGGUGGGUUUUUACAUCCGCCGCUCUAUAAUCAGCACCUGGAUCUUGAACCUGGCAGCGUCUGACCUGUUGACCUCAGCCUUCCUGCCUUUCUUUACCCUCUACAUGGCCCAAGGAAAUAACUGGAUAUUGGGCAAAGCCUUCUGCCGGAUCUAUUCCUCCAUCUUUUUCUUCAACAUGCAUUUCAGUGGGUUCCUGCUGGCGGCCAUUUCUCUGGACCGCUGCCUGGUGGUGGUGAGGCCGGUCUGGGCCCAGAACUACAGAAGUAUCAAAGGAGUUAAGAGGAUUUGCGCAGGAAUCUGGGUGCUGGCCAUCAUCUGCAUCAUACCCUUUUUUUUGUUCCGUGACAUCAUUAAGGUUGGAGAUGGAAGGAAUCUGUGCUAUUACAACUACGCUCUGUAUCCUCCAAGUGAUCUGAACGAUCUACAGGCUUUAUGCAAGCAGCGCAAAGAGAUUUUAGCUUUCACCAAGUUCCUUUUAGCCUUCCUAAUUCCUCUCUUGGUCAUCAUCUUCAGCUACUUAGCAGUGAACUCCAGCCUGGCUCGUCGGGGAUGCCGCCGCCCUUUGCGUUUCGUCCGGGUUGUGGUCGCUGUGGUUGUGACCUUCUUUCUUUGCUGGGCCCCGUACCAGCUUUUCAUCAUUAUGGAGGUCAUGGCCCCCAACAACCACCCUGUGAAAAUUUUUAGUGAGAAGGCCCUUCCAGUUGCAGCAACGAUUGCUUUCCUAAACGCCAUCUUGAAUCCCAUCUUGUACGUGUUCAGCUGCAAUGACCUGCGCAUGAAGAUCAGGCACUCCUUUGGGGCGGUGAUGGAGAGCGUGCUGGUGGAGGAUCUCAUGGAGUUUACCCGCCGUCGCAGCACAGCUCACACCAGCCACUCUGAGCUCAUGCCGAGGAAGAAGAGCAACGUUGCAAAAGUGUCACCUAGCACUGAAGAGCAAGAGCAGAAAGACUGAACUAUUGCCCUGUACCGCUCUGCUUUUGUCACAGCCGCCCUUAAAAACGUUGCUGGAAGUUUUGAAAAGCACCGAUCAGAUUGUAGAUCUGUUUGUUGCCAGGUAGUUUUCAACAUUAUAUCCUGUUGGAAUUUUUAUUCUCUUAAAAGGCCAGUAAACAAAUAACAUUCAAGUCAAACAUUGGCUCUUAAAAUUAUUAAUUAUUUUCAUUAUUUUAAUUAUUUUCAUUUGUAUUUCAAAUGAAAAUAUAUAUUGUCUCUCAGAGACCUACAAGUUGUAGAGAAAUGCCACAUCAGGAGAAAUGAGUGGGAUUUAAGAGUUGCGAUGGCCGUAACACAAGCAGGGACUUGCUUUCAAAGGGUCUAUAUCAUGCAAAAUAAACAUUUUGUGGCUUAAAGUCUACUUUAAUGUUAACCCCAAAGAGGUAUUUUGAUCCAUUUACGCAUCUCUGAAUAUUCCUUUAACCGUUGUGCUAUCUUAGAUGACCCCACCCUUACAUUGACGUGUUCUCCCUAC